GCAGGACUCGAAAAGAUUGACCGGCGCGGGCUAACAGAGGCAGUAUGAGUGAGACUGGCGCUCCAGCAGGCGCUUCGACCAAAGACACCGCCCUCCCCGACCGCACAGCAGCCAUGGACGCUGGCAACCCCUCGAAGGAUGCCCCGCAGAAAGCAGACAAGCCAAAGGGCAAAUUUGCAGCCGCUGAGAGGCCGCUGCCAGAUUUCAUUAUACAGCGAAAUGAGCUGUUCGACCAGCUAUACAAGCAGAAAGUGGAGGAACUCAAGAACAAGCCUCGGUUCGACAUCACCGUGACGCUGGAAGUGGGGGAUGGUGCACCAUCCACGGUUAUUGCGCAGGCAUGGCACUCUACUCCAGGCUCGUUUCUGAAGGAUAUACCCAAGGAGCUCAGCUCGAGCGUGGUUAUUGCUAAGCUUGACGGAAAGGAGCUCUGGGACUUGGAUCGCCCGCUUGAGAGGGAUUGUCGCAUUCGUUAUCUUCCCUUUGACUCAGUGGAGGGUAGAGAAGUGUUCUGGCAUUCCAGUGCCCACGCUCUCGGUGAAGCUUGUGAAUGCCAAUAUGGAUGCCUCCUGUCACACGGUCCUCCCACUGCUCAGGGUUUCUUCUAUGAUAUGGCAAUUCCCGAAGGUGGCGUUGUCACCCAAGCAGACUAUCCAUUAUUGGAUGCUAAAACCGCAAAGAUCUUCAAAGAAAAACAAUCCUUCGACAGAUUGGAGGUUUCAAAGGAGAAUCUGAAGAAAAUGUUUGGCUAUAGCAAGUAUAAGCUGCACUAUAUCGACAAUCUUAUUGAAGGAGAAAGCAGCACUGUCUAUCGAUGCGGAACUCUCGUGGACUUGUGCCGAGGACCCCAUAUCCAGAACACGGGCAAAAUUAAGGCCAUGAAGAUCACUCAGAACUCCUCUGCCUAUUUCCUGGGUGAUCAGACCAACGAUGCCCUGCAGCGGAUACGUGGUGUAGCUUUCCCAGACAAGAAACUGCUACAAGAGCAUCUUAAAUUCCUGGAAGAAGCAGAGAAGCGAAACCACCUUAAAAUAGGCAAGGAGCAAGAACUCUUCUUCUUCGAUGAAGUUUCCCCUGGAUGUCCCUUUCUGCUUCCCAACGGAACUAAGAUUUUCAAUGCCCUACAAAAACUACUCCGUACCGAGUAUCGGAAACGAGGAUACCAGGAAGUUCAGUCUCCCAACAUGUAUGAUGUCGGUAUAUGGCGCCAAUCAGGCCAUUGGGCUCAUUACAAAGAUGACAUGUUCAAACUUGACGUUGAAAAACGUGAUUGGGCCCUGAAGCCAAUGAACUGCCCUGGUCAUUGCAUCAUGUUUGGCCAUAGAGAGCGAAGUUACCGAGAACUACCAUUACGAAUGGCAGAUUUUGGCGUGCUUCAUAGAAACGAAGCAUCUGGUGCUCUGCACGGAUUGACUCGAGUCAGAAAGUUCCAACAGGAUGACACUCAUAUUUUCUGCACCGACAACCAGAUCAUGGAAGAGAUCGAGGGACUCUUCGAUUUCCUCCGCGCCAUAUAUGGCUUGUUUGGCUUCAGUUUCAAACUGAAGCUCUCUACCCGACCUGAGAAAUACCUCGGAAAGCUCGAGACCUGGGACUUUGCCGAAGCUCAAUUGCGAGAAGCUCUCACAAAGUUCAAGGGUGCAGACUGGGAAAUUGACGAAGGUGAUGGUGCCUUUUACGGACCAAAGAUUGAUAUCACCAUUUCCGAUGCUCUGAAGCGAGAACAUCAGUGUGCAACCAUUCAACUCGACUACCAGCUACCUCUUAAUUUCAAACUCGAGUACAUGACUGGAGAGACUGUUCCUAAAUCUGCUGCUCCAGCUACGUCCAAGGCCGAAGCUAAACCAGCGGAGGGCGACUCGAAUCCAGCUCAAGCCCAGCCCUCAGAUUCCUCUACCCCAGGCCCAGGCAGAGCUAGACCCGUUGUGAUCCAUAGAGCUAUCAUUGGAAGCUUUGAGCGUUUCUUUGGAAUUUUGAUAGAGCAUUUUGGUGGAAAAUGGCCGUUCUGGCUUAGCCCCCGACAGAUUUUGAUUGUCCCUGUCAUGGCCAGUGCCAACGACUAUGUCGAAGAACUUCAGGAGAUUCUUCGAGGCGAUAAGUUGAAUGUCGACAUUGACCUUAGCGGCCACACUAUGCAAAAGAAGAUUCGAAAUGGUCAACUGGCACAGUAUAAUUUCAUUUUUGGUAAGCUUUUACACUCUCGUAUCCUAUGUUCUACAUGGAGGGAACAUUUGUACUAACAAAAUCUUUAGUUGUGGGCGCUCAAGAGAAGGAGUCUCGCUCAGUUAACAUUCGUAACCGUGAUGACCCUAGUUCACAGACCAAGGGCAGUCUCGUACCCCUGGAGGAGGCUAGGGCUAAACUGCGCGCUCUCCGAAAGGAACGCCGCCUGGAGAAUACACUCUAGAAAAUCGAUGUUGUAUAAAUUUUAGUUAAAGCCUUUAUGACUUGGCUUUUUUGUCCCAGGAUGGGGAAACGUGAAAGAGUUAAUAAAUGAUAAGAAAAAGAAAAUGAAAAAAUACUAGGAAUUUACUGCUAAUUUAUUAGUAUCGAGUUUGCUGUCAGUAACUGCCUCCCGAGCUUUGAAGCGACAGCUUGGAAUCAAUGUAACAGGAGACAUUCUGGCAUUCCGAUGCAAAGUCUUGAAUCAACUGUAAAUAUUUGCCUGCCAAUCUAUCUACUCUUGAUAUAUAACCCGACAUAAUAUAGCACAAUACAGUCAAUGAGUGGAAUACCUCCUCACUUUGAAUCAGGUAACAUCGUCUAGCCUAAAUUUGGGUAUUUCUAUAGCCAAUAACAACUAAGCUGCUUGUCGAAUUGACGGACACCUAAUCUUUGUAUGGCCACUGACUAUCAAAUGUCUGGAUAUCAUCUGUGGAUUCGAACAGAUGUUCAAUGACCUCCUGCUUAAUCUCUCCUAGAAUUUUCUUUACUUCCUCGUAGUUUUCAUGUUCAAUAACACCUUUGUGAGGGUAUAAUGGUCCCAGGUGCUCUUGAAUCUGAGUUGCGAUCCUUGUGCUACUGGCUGUGGCCUCUUCAUCCUCAUCAAUCUCUGUUAUCUCGGCCUGUGAAAAGUUGAAAGGGCAUGGGACAGGGUUCAUGUCCGACCCUUUGGGCGCAUACUCCUGCCAGUCUUCUCCCAUUUCUGCGUAUAUAGUGCGAAGAGAGGACUCUCCGAUGGUAAAGACUUGACGAGACAGCUCUAGAGUCAAUCCGAUAGGGGUAUGCUUAAACAAGACAGCUCUGUAAUACGCCGGGUUCUUGUGCUUCAGAAGAAGACGCCAUGCAACCACAGCAGACUUAUCCAUGUAAUUCUUGUGGACUUUCUUUUUUUCAUCCUCCUGCAUUGAUUGGAAAUCGUCAGGCAACACAGGUAUUUCGAGAUUUUCACCGAUAUCUGGGCCAUCAUAGUUCACAAAUGGAAGGUCUAAGGGCUGGUCGAAUAGUGGCGUUAUCGGGGUUGAUUGCCAGUCAAUAAUUCCAGUUAUUUCAGUAGGUUUCUCUGGGUUCACAUAUAUGUUUUCAUGGUGGAAAUCAGUGUGCCAGAGAUGGCCCCGGAGAAGAGCUGGAUCCUC